AUGGAUAAGUAUUUACGCCCUGAGCGGUUUGAAGGAGACCCAUCGCAAAGCACUGCGGCCGCAGAAUGGGAACAUUGGAAGAAGACCUUCAACAACUUUCUCGCGGUGCAAGUUCUCUCUUCCGAUCAGGUCAAGCUAAACAUUUUAAUCAAUCAUCUGUCUCCAAAUGUCUAUAACUACAUAAGCGAGUGUCAAACUUACGAACAAGCAAUACGCGUACUAGACGGGAUUUACGUAAAACCUAAGAACAUCCUUUACGCGCGUCAUGCUCUCGCUACACGAAAGCAAAACAGUGAAGAGACAAUCGACACAUAUAUUCAAGCUCUGAAACAAUUAUCUAAAGACUGUGACUUCACUGCCGUCGAUGGCAAUACAAACCGGGACGACAAUAUCCGUGAUGCCUUCAUAGCAGGAAUCUCUUCAACAAAAAUAAGAGAAAGGCUUCUUGAGAACUUGAGCCUAACGUUAGAUGAAGCACACAACCAAGCUCGUUCCCUAGAGAUGGCAGAAGUCAACACAUUACAUUACAGCAGCACGACCCCUGUGAAUGCAACCAUUGAGAACAUACGCAAUACAGCUGGUCCAAGCGAAAACACUUCCGCUGCCGCGCCAGCCUUGCGCUCCAAUCGAAAAUGUUUCUUCUGCGGAGGACGUGUGCAUCCACGCAAGACCUGUCCUUCCUUCGACGCUUCUUGUCAGCUUUGCAAUAAGAAGGGACAUUUCGCUAACGUAUGUCGUAGCAAGAAUCAAACCAGUGCUGCAAUAUCUGAUACGAAUAAUGUCAGUUCCAGCAUCGUCGCUGCAUCACCGUCAUCAUUGCGCAGAACAACGAUGCCUACGUACAUCAACGGUAUCAAAGCUGAAGUAUUGCUAGAUACAGGCAGUGCCAAGAGCUUUAUGGAUUCCAAAUUUGCUAAGACAUGUUCCUUGACAAGUAAGCCCAGCCAGCAGACAAUAUCCAUGGCCUCGCUAAGUCAUAGUGCACCAGUUGCAGGAGAAAUAAGUAUCGAUCUUACAUUGGGUAAGCAUUCAUAUGAGAACUUACGGCUACUGCUAGUAGAAGAUCUAUGUUCCGACGUCAUUAUUGGCCUCGACGUAUUGGCUCAACAUUCUUCUAUCGCAUUCGAUUUUGGCGGUCCGAGAGAACCCUUAGUUGUCUGUCAUGUGUCUGCAGCGUCCGUGCCUGCAGUACCUUUAUUUGCAAACCUAACGCCUGGAUACAAACCGAUUGCCAUCAAGUCACGGCGGUACAGUGACGACGAUCGACGCUUUAUUGAGGAGGAGAUAAAGAACCUUUUAAAGGAAGGUAUCAUCGAAGAAAGUAGGUCGCCGUGGCGAGCGCAGGUACUAAUUACGAAAUCUACAACCCAUAAGAAACGUCUUGUAAUCGACUACUCAAGAACUAUUAAUCAAUACACUGAACUAGAUGCUUACCCGCUUCCCUGCAUUGAAGAAUUGAUUUCAAAAGUGGCUAAAUACUCCGUCUUCAGCGCUAUAGAUUUGAAGAGUGCCUACCACCAGGUGCCAAUUUUGCCAGAGGAGAGACAUUUUACUGCGUUCGAAGCUGCCGGAAAUCUUUACCAAUUCCGCCGCAUCCCUUUUGGUGUUACCAAUGGAGUUUCUAGCUUCCAAAGAACCAUAGAUUGGCUUAUUCGGACAGAAAAUCUGGCAGGCACAUUUGCCUAUCUCGACGACAUAACAAUAUGUGGCAAGUCACCUGAAGAGCAUGAUACGAACUUGCAAAACUUUAUGACAGCUGCUAAAAAGUACGGCCUGACUCUCAAUGAAACCAAAUCUAUUUUUAAACAAUCUUCCAUUAAUAUACUUGGCUAUACGAUCGCUAAUAAUGUUAUCAAACCUGACAGUGCCAGAUUAGAGCCUCUUUUAAACUUACCUCCUCCGCAUGACUUGCCCAGUAUGCGCAGAGCCAUGGGCAUGUUCGCACACUAUUCAAAGUGGAUACCAAACUUCUCUGAAAAAGUACACGAGCUAGCAAAAACAAAGACAUUUCCACUAACCAAUACUAUGAUUAAAGAUUUCGGAGAUCUUAAGAACUACAUAGUAAAAUCGUGUGUUCACGCCAUUGACGACAACGUUCCAUUUACGGUUGAGACAGAUGCAUCGGAGCACUCGAUUGCAGCGACGCUUUCACAGGCUGGCAGGCCUGUAGCAUUCUAUUCGAGAACACUCAAUCAAAGUGAACAGAACCAUUCGGCGAUUGAGAAAGAAGCUUAUGCGAUCGUUGAAUCCUUAAAGAAAUGGCGGCAUUUUCUCAUCGGGAAGCUAUUUCUGCUCAUCACUGAUCAGCGUUCUGUUUCCUUUAUGUUUGACAAGAAACAUACCAGUAAAAUCAAAAAUGAGAAAAUUCAGCGCUGGCGCCUGGAGCUGUCUCCAUACAAAUAUGAUAUAGUGUACAGACCCGGCACGCAGAACCAUGUAGCGGAUGCCCUCUCCCGUGUCUGCGCCAUCGUCGAUACACCUGCGAAGCUGCAAUCUCUACAUGAAGCUCUCUGUCACCCCGGAGUGACAAGAAUGGCACAUUGGGUUCGUUCCAAAAACUUGGCAUAUUCCAUUGAAGAAAUAAGGAACAUGACGAACCAAUGUCGCAUCUGCUUACAAUACAUUUUAACAGUGAUUGAUGAGUAUUCCCGAUUUCCAUUUGCCUUUCCAUGCUCCGACAUAAGCGCCAAAACUGUUAUCAAACAUUUAGACAGCAUUUUUACUAUGUUUGGCAUGCCUGCCUACGUACACUCCGAUCGUGGGACAUCGUUCUUGUCGGAUGAGGUGAAGGACUAUUUUAACUCCAGAGGAGUAGCAACAAGUCGUACGACGCCAUACAAUCCUCGAGGAAAUGGCCAAGUCGAGAAACUGAAUGGAACCCUGUGGAAAUCUAUUCAGCUAGCGCUCAAGUCUAGAAACCUACCAAUAGAAUGUUGGGAGGAUGUCCUUCCACAAGCGUUGCACUCGAUACGUUCCCUGCUAUGCACAACUACGAACUGCACGCCACAUGAGAGGAUGUUCCGCCAUCCGCGAAAAUCACCAAAUGGAGAAUCAAUUCCGACAUGGCUAACUAGCUCGAACAAGGUCCUUAUGCGACGAUUUAAUCGAAAAUCGAAGUACCAACCGUUAGUAGAAGAAGUGGAGGUAAUAGAAACCAAUCCCACUUAUUCAUACGUACGGACUGAGGAUGGACGAGAGACGACUGUGUCCAACCGUCACCUAGCUCCUCUCGGGUGCUGUGAACGGAAUAUCCCUGGAGAUAACGAGUAUGUAGAUAACGACCCCGAAAGAGCACAGUCACCGCCACCUUCACGUUCGCCACCGAAUACGCCGAAUUCAUCACCGACUCGUCACUCAGGCCAAGAUUCGCCGUUCGCCACUCCGCUGUCGCAAUCGCCAUCCGAAACUCUGCAAGAAGUGCCAGAGCCACCGAGCCCUGAUGGCAAUGAACCCGCAGGUGCAGAGCAACCCCGGAGGUCCGGCAGAAUCCGGAAUUCGCCGAAGUAUUUAUCCGAUUAUAUCUGGCCCGGGUGA